AUGAACGACACGAACGAGCUGAAGAAGAGUGUGAAUGAUUCAAGUGUUCAGAAUAUCUGGAUUGGGCUGCAGAAGACGGGUCGUGAUGAAUGGAAGUGGUCUUCAGCAAACACAGGACUUGUCUUAGUCGAUCAGCUGAAGAGUUGGAGAGCCGCUCAGAGUUACUGCAGACAGAAUCACAUUGAUCUGGUCAGUGUGAGGAACCAGAACGAGAAUCAACAGGUUGAACAGUUCAUUACUGAUAAUCAUUCAUCUGAAUCAUGGAUCUGGAUCGGUCUGUUCAGAGACUCAUGGCAGUGGUCAGAUCAGAGUGACUCUUCAUUCAGAGACUGGGACACUGGUGAACCUGAUAAUAAUGGAGGAAAUGAAAACUGUGCAGCUCUUAAUGCUCAGAGAAAAUGGUUUGACGUCUCUUGCACCAAUCAAUAUCCUUUUGUGUGUUAUGAAGAUCCUGAACUGAUUGUGAUCCGAGAGAAUGUGACGUGGUCUGAAGCUCUGAGAUACUACAGACAGAAUCAUGUGGAUCUGGUCUCGGUUCAUUCAGAAGAGAUGCAGCGUCGUGUGAUGAACGUGGUUAAACGUGCGUCUACUGCGGAGGUGUGGUUGGGUUUACGUCACUCCUGUACUGUGGGCAUCUGGUUCUGGGUGAGUGGAGAUACCGUGUGCUAUCAGAACUGGGCUCCAGGGAACGGCACAUCAGAGGAGGACUGUGAACACACAGUGAGAUCUGGAGCAGUUCAGUCUGGAGGAGAUCAGCGCUGGAUCAGUCUUCCUGAGACUCACAAACUCAACUUUAUCUGCAGCAGAUAUUCAGAGUGAGAGGAAACACAGAACUUUAUAUAAAAUAAGAAAAGCUUGUGUGUUUAUUCCCUUUAACUACAUUUUCAUUCACCACUUUGUAAAGGAAUAAUUUGAAUAAUAUUUGUCUCAACAGGCAGUCGCAUCUAAGGGUUAAAAAUACAAAAACGUUCUGCACACUCAGCGUGUGUG